ACUUGGUCUCCUUUUUCAAAUUGAGGCGCCGAGUCGUUGCUUGGUUUCCUGGGCUUAGGCGGAGACUGGGUUGCAGGUUCGAAGGCUCCGGAUAGUGCCGGACACAAGUGCGGCCAGAGUCCCUGGUGGAGAGCGAUUUUCCCGCCUAUGGGCAGCACCUGGCAGGGAAGGAGAUCACCCAGGUCCACGACGCUGCAGAGCCACUCCACGCCCUUGGGCGCAGGAGUCUGAGACCAGGCCUUGAUUUUCGGCGGGGACAGUCAUGGCGUCUCAGCCGAAUUCCUCUACGAAGAAGAAAGAUGAGAAGGGAAAGAACAUCCAGGUGGUGGUGAGAUGCAGACCAUUUAAUUUGGCAGAACGGAAAGCUAAUGCCCAUUCUGUAGUAGAAUGUGACCACGUAAGGAAAGAAGUUAGUGUACGAACUGGAGGACUGGCUGACAAGAGCUCACGGAAAACAUAUACUUUUGAUAUGGUUUUUGGAGCAUCUACUAAACAAAUUGAUGUUUACCGAAGUGUUGUUUGUCCAAUUCUGGAUGAAGUUAUUAUGGGCUAUAAUUGCACUAUUUUUGCAUAUGGCCAAACUGGCACUGGAAAAACGUUUACAAUGGAAGGUGAAAGGUCCCCUAAUGAAGAGUAUACUUGGGAGGAGGACCCUUUGGCUGGUAUAAUUCCACGUACUCUUCAUCAAAUUUUUGAGAAACUUACUGAUAAUGGUACUGAAUUUUCAGUCAAAGUGUCUCUGUUGGAAAUCUAUAAUGAAGAGCUUUUUGAUCUUCUUAAUCCGUCUUCUGAUGUUUCUGAGAGACUACAGAUGUUUGAUGAUCCCCGUAACAAGAGGGGAGUGAUAAUCAAAGGUUUAGAAGAAAUUACGGUACAUAACAAGAAUGAGGUCUAUCAAAUUUUGGAGAAGGGAGCAGCAAAAAGGACAACUGCAGCAACUUUGAUGAAUGCCUACUCGAGUCGUUCCCAUUCAGUUUUCUCUGUUACCAUACAUAUGAAGGAGACUACAGUUGAUGGAGAAGAGCUUGUUAAAAUUGGAAAGUUGAAUUUGGUUGAUCUUGCUGGAAGCGAGAACAUUGGCCGAUCUGGAGCAGUUGACAAGAGAGCUCGGGAAGCUGGAAACAUCAAUCAAUCCCUUUUGACUUUGGGAAGGGUUAUUACUGCUCUUGUAGAAAGAACACCUCAUGUUCCUUAUCGAGAAUCCAAACUAACUAGAAUCCUCCAGGACUCUCUUGGGGGACGUACAAGAACAUCUAUAAUUGCAACAAUUUCACCUGCAUCUCUCAAUCUUGAGGAAACUCUUAGCACAUUGGAAUAUGCUCACAGAGCAAAGAACAUACUAAAUAAACCUGAAGUUAACCAGAAACUCACCAAAAAAGCUCUGAUUAAGGAAUAUACAGAAGAGAUAGAGCGUCUGAAACGAGAUCUUGCUGCAGCCCGUGAAAAAAAUGGAGUGUACAUUUCGGAAGAAAAUUUUAGAGCCAUGAGUGGAAAACUAACUGUUCAAGAAGAACAAAUUGUAGAAUUGGUUGAAAAAAUUGCUGCCAUUGAGGAGGAGCUAAAUAGGGUUACAGAAUUGUUUAUGGAUAAUAAAAAUGAACUUGACCAAUGCAAAUCUGAUCUGCAAAAUAAGACACAGGAACUUGAAGCCACUCAAAAACACCUGCAAGAAACUAAAUUACAGCUUGUUAAAGAAGAAUAUAUCACAUCAGCUUUGGAAAGUACUGAGGAGAAACUUCAUGAUACUGCCAGCAGGUUGCUCAACACAGUUGAAGAAACUACAAAAGCUGUAUCUGGUCUUCAUUCUAAACUGGAUCGUAAGAAGGCAGUUGAUCAGCACAAUGCAGAAGCUCAGGAUAUUUUUGGCAAAAACCUGAAUAGUCUGUUUAAUAGUAUGGAAGAAUUAAUUAAGGAUGGCAGUUCAAAACAAAAGCACAUACUAGAAGUUCACAAGACCUUGUUUGGAAAUCUGCUGUCUUCCAGUGUCUCUGCAUUAGACACUAUUACUGCAACAGCACUUGGAUCCCUCACAUCUAUUCCAGAAAAUGUGUCUACACUUGUUUCUCAGAUUUCUAACAUGAUAUUAAAAGAACAGUCAUUAGCAGCAGAAAGUAAAACUGUACUUCAGAAACUGAUUAAUGUACUUAAGACUGACCUUCUCAGUUCACUGCAAACAGUUUUAUCCCCCACCGUGGUAUCUAUACUGGAAGUCAAUAGUCAACUAAAGCAUAUUUUCAGGACUUCAUUAACAGUGUCUAAUAAGAUAGAAGAUCAGAAAAAGGAAAUGGAUGGUUUUCUCAGUACACUGUGUAACAAUCUACAUGAACUGCAAGAAAAUACAAUUUCUUCCUUGGCUGAAUCACAGAAGCUGUGUGAAAACUUAACUGAAGACCUGAAGACAAUACAGAAAAUCCAUUCACAGGAACUCUGCCAGUUAAUCAGUCUUUGGGAGGAAAGAUUCUGUGCUUUGGAGGAAAAGUGUGAAAACAUCCGGAAACCACUUACCGGUGUUCAAGAAAAUACAGAGCGGAAAUCUAAAGAUAUGAUCAGCAAAACAGCUUCUCACAGUGAAAAAUUUUGUGCUGAGUUUGAUCACCUAUCAGAGGAACUCAGACAUUUUAACCAAGAAGGUACAAAAUUGGUUGAAAAGUCUGAGAAACACUGUGAUAAACUCAGUUGCAACCUUGAAAUAAUAUCUCAAGAGACUGAACAGAGAUGCGAGGCUCUGAACACAAACACACUUUGUUUUUCUGAGCAUUGGGUAUCUUCCUUAAAUAAAAGGGAAGAGGAACUUCAGAAUUUAUUGAAGGUUGUAAACCAAGAUUGUGAGGCUUCAAGUUCAGAGAUUACUGAAAAAUUAAGUGGAUGUUAUGCAGCUCAUGAGAACCAGCAUAACAUUUUUCUUGGAAAGUUAACUAUUGGUGAAGAAGAAUUAAUGACACAUAGUCAAGAACUUAAUAAAAUCAUAAAAAUUGGCUCGACUAAACUUAAUUGCUUUCUACAACAGGAUCUGAAACUGGAUGUCCCAACAGGUACAACACCACAAAGGAAAAAUUAUUUAUACCCAUCAAUACUGGCAAGAACCCAGCCACGUGAACUGCUCCUUGAUGAGUUGGAAAAGAAACAGCCUGAGCUGUUAAUGAUGUUAAAUUGUUCAGAAAACAACAAAGAAGUGACCAGUCAGGACUUGGAUGAAGAAAAGGCGGUUCUGGUGCACACUGCUGAAGAAUCUCUAAGUCAAGAGCCAUCGGUCGAUACCAGUGAGGAUUGUUCAUCUAGUGGUGGGGUUCCCUUUUUCCAGCAUAAAAAAUCACAUGGAAAAGACAAAGAAAACAGAGGCAUUAAUCCAUUGGAGAGGUCUAAAGCAGAAGAAGCUGCAGAGCAAUCUGUUACGAAGAGCAGGUUACCUCUACGAGCCCAGAAUAAUUUUUGGAUAACUUAAGGACUGGUAAUUGUAUUUUCUAAGGAAAAUGAAAAAUAAAACCUGUAACUCCAGAACUUGAGCCUUUUGUAUAGAUUUUAAAAUGAAUGGAAAGUAUCAAGGCAGUACUGUAGGGUUUUAGUUUGAAUUUAAUGUUGACCCAUUUUUCUAUGAUUCCUGUAGUUCACUGUCUGUUAAGUUGGGUUUCAUCUUUGCAUUGAGUAAAUACAUAUUUCUAGCUUUUGAUAUAAAAUAGCUCUUUAUAACAAAUGAAAAAUAUUUUUCUUAUGUAUUACUAAAUAGCAGCUAUAUAGAAGCUGCACUUUUUCUUUGGCUUGAAUGCUACAUAGGUAAAUAUCACCAACACUUGUUCUUGAGAAGGACUAUAUCCUUUCUUUUCUUGCUCUGCUUGAAUUACAUUUAUAUUUGCUUGCCUCCUUCCCUAGACUUUGUUACUCUGCCUUCUCAGUUCACUUUCUCCCCUUUUAUUUGUCACCAAACCAUUUGCAGAGCUACAGAAUGGUAUCCAUUAUAAUGAGAUAGCCAGAAUUACUAGAAACCUUUAACACUUUUUUUGUGGUUAUCUCUAAAAUCACUGUCAACAAUACACAUAACCCUAGAAGUAUUCCUUCCUUCAGUAUUUUUAAUUUUCUUCCCUCUUGGUGUGAAAGCAUUUCAUUCUUUUACAAAGCCUAACACAUUAGCCCCCACAGAAGUUCAUUCUUCUCCAGAAUAUCGAUUGCUAUUACAGAGAACUACAUAGGGCUCUGAUCAGUGGCUGUGUGACCCCCAUUUUGAGGCCUGUAUCUUGUGUAAAAGGUCACAGUGGUUUAAGGGCUUUUUGAAGCUUAUUAACUAUGAUUAUAAUUUAUUCUUUUGUUUACCUGGUGAAACUUUUUGUUCUUUGUAUAUAAUAAACUAUGUGUGUGUGUAUAUAUAUAUAUAUAUAUAUAUUCUCUGUUGAAAUCUUAACCCUUAGAAGGGCCCUGACAAUUUUGAUCUGGCAGCCAAAUUUCUGGAAGUUGGUAUGUAUCAGCAUGAAGAACCAGAGCACUUAGAAGGAAAAUAUGCAAAGAAUAAAUUUUGUGCCCACAUCAAAUUAAGUGUAUAAAUUCAGAGUUUGAUUUUGAUAGCUAAAUAGAACCAAACUUUGUUGGAGAAUUAGAAAAUGUGCUACUUUGAGGAACUAAAUUUGCCUUGCAGAAGUACAAAUUAUCUUAAUAAGUAUAAUCAUAUAAUUUCUCUGUGAAAUCAGAUGUCAACAUAAGCUAUGGAUUAUAUAAAAAACAUCCUCAGUAAAU